UGGCUCCAUACAAGCCCACCCUGCAGAACACAGUAAAGGGCAUCCAGCGCUUAAAGGCGAUUCCUUCUUUAUCCACAAAGAACAGGACCGUGAAAUUAGCAUGUCGUUGCCAUGGUGACGGGAACCCGCUGCUCCGGUGCACUGCGCAAUGUUGACAGACAUUUAGAAAGUUUUUUAAAUUGAGACGCUAACCUGUACAACCAAAGACUUAAAAGCACCUACUCCUCUGACUAAAGGGCAGCAGGGGGGGGGGGGGGCGUUGGUCCACAUCUGUGGAGGGGAGACGCCCGUCGCCUCAUAACGGACCCAGAUUUAUGGCGAGUAUUUAUUGGAUAUUAAAACUUAUUUUUGUCCAGUCAAGGUUAACAAAACACCGGCCGUCGUCAUAAAAAGGACACACUCGAUACCAGGACACGUUGGUAAUAUUUUUUGGAGGACAGAAGAGCACAGUGUUCUCAUAAGGUAUCUGAGGAAAAAAUACAUCUCUAUGAAAAGAUGGUGAAAAAAAAAAGUAUUUCGAAUCACGCUUCCACAUGCAAGACAAAAAAAGUUGUCUCCAAGAGCGCAAGGAAGGACCUGAUACCUCCAGAUGAAUCAGCCGAGCGCAACAUCCCUGCCAUCUCCCCAGAGCUCCAGACCUCUGGCAAAGGUCACCUGGGCUUCCAGGACAGAGUCUACCUGCUGGCGUCAGUCAUCUUCCAGAAUAACCACCUGGAGAAGCCUGCCGCCCUACGUUUGGUGAAUUAUGGAAAAGAACGAGGGCUCCCUUUGCCUCGAGUCAAAGAUGAGGAGCAGCAACUCGCAGCUUAUGAACUGGCCUUCAACACCCUUAAAUAUCAAGAGCUGCUGGAGGACAUUAUGAUUGACAGCUGCUUUUAUCUCACUCAGCCAAUGCCAGAUGAUCAGAUGAGCCUCAUUGCAGUCAUGCUCUAUGACUUCCAGGACAGGAAGUUCCUCCCGCGGGAACGCCAGAGGGAGGACGACAUCGUACGGGAGGUUAAAGAUGUGGAGAGCUACCUCCUUAAGUUUAAAACCAAGCUGUCGGCCUCUCUGGCCCGCUGCAGAAUCAAACACGACCUCUUGUCCAUCGAGUGUAUCCUGCCACACAGUGUGAAGGUGAAGCAGGAGAGAUCAAGCAGCCUUCCGCUUUACACCUGGGUCAACACACUGAAGAGCAGCGUCGGUGAGGUCCAAGGCGUCCUGAAGAGUGAGGGAUUCUCAAAGGUGGAGUCCAUUGGGCAGCUGCAGGGACAGACGUUCUGCCAGGAUCCCCACUGUGGGGAUAUACUGGUAUUCCCUGCUCAGCUGAAAGCUCAGCUGUGCACCACCAAGCUGCUUAGCGACCACACGCUCAUCAUACAGGAUAAAUCUUGCAGCCUGGGCCCAAAUGCAGUGUGCUCCCUGGUCCCAGAGGACGGAGAUGUUCUUAUGCUGGGCUGCUUCUCUGGCCUCACCGUGUCCCACACAGCCUCCCUGAUAGCAGACAAACACAAAGCCAUCCGCAAGGUUCAGCCCACAGUCUACGUUUGUGUCAGUGAUCGUACAAGCGCUCAGAGGGAGGAGUUGCGGCAGGUUGUAACAGCCAUGGGCUCUAAGAAUGUGAAGCUGAUAGAGGAGGUCUUCCAGUCUUUGGAGAGCACUGACAAGCGACUCCAAAAGUUACGCGUCAUCCUGUUGAUGCCCAAGUGCUCUGUGUCUGCUGUCAGCAAUCCGGUCGAAUUCAUAUUGCGAGAGAACGGAGACCCAGAACUGCUGCAGGGCUUAUCCCAGAGCUCCAUAGCCCAGAGUAAACUGGAAGCUCUGGUAGCCCAGCAGAGGAAGGAUAUUGAACAUUCCUUGAAGUUCUCUAAGGUUGUGGCAGUGGUGUACUCGACCUGUUCAUCAUACAAAGAGGAGAACGAGGAGGUGGUGAGCAGAGCCCUGGAGCAAGCCAAGGCCCGCGUGGAGCAGCAGGGGGAACCAAAACAAGCCAGCUUCAGGCUUGGUCCCUCCCCAUUCAGCGUUUCUGACCAUGCCGAGGGUCCAAAGGAAACGGAAGCCUUUUUCAUGUUUGAACCCUCAAAACAGAGCAAUGGCUACUUCCUGGCUGUUCUCAGCAGGGAGCCUGAGCCAGUGGUUAAAGAGGAACCACAUGACGUGCUCGUUAGGGCGAAUGCCAAAGGCCUACUGGACGGGAUCGGCUCCAACCAGCUAACCAGGAUGGAGCAGCAAAGGCACACCAACAGGAAGACAAAAACAACACAUACUCGCACCUCCCAGCCCAAUCUCUCCUUCAGUAUUCAUCCCAAAAGCAAAGAAACCAUAAUGGCCAGCCGCAGCACUCCUUCGUGUGGACAUCAAGGAUUUACUAACAGGCUGCAGUCGACACAAGCCUCAACAAUGUGCAUGCAGGCCUUAAAGAACAGAGUGUCCAGAUCCAUCUCUUCCUCCAAACCAGAAAGCAGGGCACACGAAAAGGGCCCCACCCCCGCGUUGAACCCUGCAACCGCCCCUCCUCCUGUGAUCCCGCCGGCCCGUCCCCGCAGAGCUGACCAGGAGGUGCUGAAGCCCGUGGUGCUCACGCUGCCCUCCGUCCACUUUCCCAACUUCUUCCCACCUCAGCCGAGCCAACCACGACUCAGCCAAAGCAGAAACUACACCUGGAGGCCGCCGGCUCAAGGUGAACCCCCCUCCCGCUCCCGGGGGGGGCUCUCCAGGGAUGCUUUGCUCAAAUCCCGGCUUCUGUUUUGACCACUGUAAAUAUUUAAGAAGUUCAAAAUGUUUGUGCUUAAAGCUCAUGGAAAUAAAACCGUUAGUAUCUAAAUCCAAGCACGAAG